CAUGUGUGUUUAAGAUGUGGAAGAAGAAAAAGAAGUAUAAAAAACAGGAAUUUCGAUAGCUUCCGACAGUAGAAGCGAAAACGACUUUGAAAGAAGAAUAUGCCCCGCUACAUCUUUACGUGUAUACUUAUUGCUACACUCCUCGCUGUUUAUGUCGAUGCACAAAAGAACGAGGAAAAUAUAAGAUGCGAAGAAAAUGAAAGACCAUACAUAUGUGGAUCGUUGUGCGAGCCAUCUUGCGACGCUCCACAUCCGAAUCGUAUAUUUUGCCCGAGAAUCGAAUGCACGUGGUCGUUGACCGGAGGUUGCCGAUGCGAGCAAGGCUAUCUCAGAAAUAAUAAUGGCGUUUGCGUGCCAUCCUCGCAAUGUUAAAAGCAAUGUCCACGAACGUAUCCU